UCUCUCCUAUUAACGAGCCAUGAGACUGUUAGACUGUUAGUCACAUAGGAAAAGCAUUAUAUAGCAUAUGCAUGUACACUUCAUAAAAGUAUUGAUGAUUAGGACUGUUUAGCUUGAUAGGAGGGCGAGAAUAGAGGAUAGUGAUUGUUUCUAGGGUUAAAAGUGAAUUUAUAGAGGACUUUAAGCGAAUGAACUAUAAAUGUGUGGUGGACAUGAUUUGUGAUACGGAUAUACGUUUAACACGUGACACAUACGUUUGACACGUGAUAGUGACGUCAGUGACAUCACGACGGUGGUGUGGCUACCAACGACUUAUUUUCUCUGAUGAUUAUUGACAAAGAAGUUAAAUGUUGAAUGUUUUUUUUUAAACUAAUCAUCAGUUAAGUUAAGCAAUGAGGCUAUAACCAUUAGAUAUUUAAUGUUAUCAGGCGAAAGUUCAUUGUGCCAGGGACGAUAAUAAAAGGUUUGAUAGGCAUCUGAGAGGGAUUUGGAAUUGUCUGGAACCAUAAAUUUCGUCUGAGAGAACACAUAAAUCACAUAAAAGUAGUUCGAAACAAACAAAAUUUGGCGGCGUCGGAUUUAUAUGACUUAAUUUGGUUUUUAGGAUAAUUAGGUUUCCAUAGAGACAGUCAGACGGAGUCAUUAAAUUGACAAAUGCACCGAAAUCGAUGCACUAUAAGGAGUUGAUAAUGCAUUGUUGAAGUAUUUUCUUAGCUGUAGAAUGUAAACUGUCACCACACUGAAGUAAAAUAAUACGGAUCCAUGUAAAAAGAAAUACUGUUAAAUAUCUUAAACUAUAAUAGGAAAACACACCGUAUAUCAAUGUAGAAUACUGAGAAACAACGACAAAUCAUGUCAAAGUUACUAGUAUUUUCACGACACUUUUUUUGUCGUUUUUACGAACUUGCUCUGAAAUAAGUCCGAGAAAAGUUUUUACAGGUCCAAUUAUACUUUCCAUAAAGAAAUCUCUCCUUCUGUUCAAACGAAAGAUAAAGGUUGUAUAAAGAAUAGAACAUAUAAAUCAGCACAUCCAGCAGGGUGUAUACAGUAAAUCAAUAUAAAAGGCAAAUUAACAUCAACAAAAAAGUUGUUCACGAAGGUACUAAAACGAUGUAGCAAGUUAUCGUCAAACUAUAGCAAAUUGGUCUUUGGGGAAUAAUUAACAAAGAGACAUUUUUGUUUGUCACUUGCUUCUCUUUGGAAAAAUUCUUGCUUUGUACAAGAUUUAGUUUUUUUUUUGCAAUAUUUGGGCCUGAAAUACCAAACAAACGUACUGUUUGUUAGUCUGAUUUGAACGAAAUAUUUGGAUUAAACAUAUUGACCUAGUCUAGUGGAAAUAUUAGAAAGAGCAUACAGGCCUUAAGUUGUGUACAAGAUUUGAACGAAAUAAUUGCAAUAUAUUGACCAAGUCUCGGAGAAAUACCAGAAAGAGCAGACAGACCAUAAGUCGUGUACAAGAUUUGAACGAAAUAAAUGCAAUCUAUAGUGCCAGAACAAAAACAACACAUUGAUCCUUUAGUAGUAUAAACGACUCGAACGGAAUAUUUGCAAUAUAUUGACCAAGUGUCGUUGAAAUACCAGAAAGAUAAACUGGCCUUAGGUCGUGUAAAAUAUUUGAACUGAUUUUUUGCAAUAUUGACCUAGUGUCGUGGAAAUACCAAAACCUUAAGUCGUGUACAAGAUUUGCACGAAAUAUUUGCAAUAUAUUGACCUAGUGACGUGGAAUUACAUGAAAAACAUACUGGCCUUAAGUCGUGUCCAAGAUUUGCUCGAAAUAUUUGCAGCAUUGACCACUAGGCGUGGAAAAACCUGAAAAUAUACUGGCCUUAAGCCGUGUACAAUAUUUGAACGAAAUAUUUGCAUUAUAUUGACCAAGUGUCGUGGAAAUAUCUGGAAAUAACUCAUAUUGGCCCUAAUUCGUGCACAAAAUUUUAGAAGAUGCGUUGUUGUUAUGAGGACGUUCCAGAAGAGUGCAGAAUGGACAGUUUCCUGUUCCAGUAUGGCAACCCGUCCGAGUUUGUUACCCCUCAGUGGCCUUUCAACCACAAGCUUUACGUCGUUUACCGAGUUGUCGUCGCCAUGGGAUUCAUAGCAUGGCUUAUCUCUGACGUCAUCUACGAGACGACCACAUUCUUCAAGGACCAUUCAUAUACAUAUUUAAUUUAUGCUACCAACUGGAGCUUUCUACUCCUAACAUUGACGGCUCUACUUAUGGCUACAUGUACUGUGUACUACUCCAUCCGCUCUGGCGAGUGUUUAGACCGCCAAACGUUUGAACGAAUGCCGAGGGCCUUGAAAGUACAAUGGCUUCUACAGAACAUUAGUUACAACUCGGCCAUGGUUGUAACGGUGUCCUACUGGUCCUACAUCGGAGUCUUAGACACGUCUGAGGUGUUAAAGAGUCCAUCAAGCGAGGUAAAGCAUACCCUGAACACAAUAUACGUUCUGAUUGAUGUUUUCAUCUCCGGUACGCCGUUCCGCAUUUUACACCUGCUAUAUACGGUUUGCCUCGGUUCCAUUUACUCACUCUUCAACGCCAUCUACUUCCUGAAUGACGGGACAAUUUUGGAAGGUCGCCAUUACGCUUAUAAUUUACUGGAUUGGGGAAAACCAGAAGAAGCGAUCGUAACAUGUGUUUUGUGUGUUGUUUUGUGUAUUUUUGCGCAGAUUGUGUUAUACGAGCUUUAUAAGGUUAGAUAUUUUCUGUAUACAAAACUGUACUUUGGUUCGGAUAGUAUUACUAAAUCGGAUUCCGAAAUGCAGAGAAUUAUGGCGGAACUCGACGCCCCCGUUUAUCAAACUAUUGAUGAUAGAGGGGACAAUAUUCUUACUGAAGUUAUAGGGGAAUAAACAACUUGUUCCAAUUACUAGUAUCUUUAAAUUUACUUUAAGUUUUAAAUUAUAUGCAUGCAUGUAGUUUUAAAUAGUACAUGUGUAUUUAUAAAGCAUAUGCAUGCAUACUUACAUUGUAAUAGUAUUUGCGUAUGUAUUUUAGUAUUAAACAUUCCAUAUGUAGGUCGGCAUGAUAUCCUAUGGUGGCAAAUAUCUGCCGGAAUAUAACCUGAUAGCGUUCCCGAACUGUUUCGUGUUCACCGCUUAAUGUUGGCAAUAAUUAGCUAGCUAUCUAGUUAAUAUUCGGGAUUUUUGUUCGCUAAGAUAAAUAUCAUAAUACUAGAAACAGGCUUGAAAGAGCCAAGAACUGCCAACUAUUACAUUUUCAUGCUGUACAACAGUAUGUGGUUAACUAUUUUCCCUAAAAUUUAUAAUUUGUUUCCCAAUUUGAUAAAUGCAGAAGAUUCCAAGGAAUAAAAAAGCAAUGAAUUUCUUCAAAACAUUCAAAACCUUGACAUAUAACUAUUUCACAAAAUGAUGUUUGCACAAAAAAGUGAAAACGUGUAUAUUUUCCCAAUUCGCAAGGCAUAGGCGGUGAAAAUAAUUCCAAAAACACACUGAGUUAUGGUCUGAUAAAUCCAGUUCAAGGCAAUUUCAAUCCUGUUUUAGUCUUAUGAUGUUUAUCUUGAAAAGGUUUCGCGAUAUUAACUAGACACCUAGAAACAACUCGCGAACAUUAUCAGGUUAUGUACGGCAGUAAUAUGCAACCAUAGUAUCUUUAUAUUUCUUUAUAUUUUUUUUGUUAUUUAUAGAUAUUCUAUCAUCUGUCAAAAAUAGCAUGUGUUCCAGGUAUUGUAUCUUCGCUAUCAGUUACUUGUUUUAUUGUUUCAUUUCAUUGUUCUUUAUUUUGAUUUUGUUUGUCAUUUGAUGGGUCUACACAUUUGUUUUAUUUAUAACCCCGGAAUAAAAACUACAGUGUCGUGUAAAUUACAGACUGUACUUUUUUUUCUAGGAUAUUCAAGCGUGUAGCAAAUUUUUAUAGGCAGACCAAGACAUUUCAAAGAUGGGUUUAGUGGCCCAGCAUGUUUGAAAGCAAUUGGCAAUUUCCAUUUUCAAUGGGAGAUAUUUAGGUCCAAUGGGAAAAUUGCCCACUUUCAUUCAUUUCCAAUGGGCACUUUUAUUUAACUGAAAAACAAAUUAUUUUCUUACUAAGAUGAUAUUAACAUUUACAAGUUCAUAAAGGUAUGUUAAAACAUCUGAAUUUUGAAUGAAAAUCAUUGCAUUUUUAUAGAUUUAGAGUCACACCAAGUGUUCCUUGAACUGAGUUUAAAUGGGGAUUUCUUUAAUUCAAGUGUCCACUGUCCCCUCUUAUUCUUUUUCAGCUUCAUGUAUAUUUAACAAUUCUCAACCAAUAUUCUUAACACGAAGUAAAAAAAAAUGUUCUUCGUUACCACAAACAUCUUCACAAAAAAAACAGGUUGGUAGUUUUUUCGAGAACUGGGAUUCUGUACCAAACUGACCCUUUUUUCGGAUUGUAACACUAUUGUUGUAACAUGUUCACUCAAAACAUGCACAUUACUUUUAGGAAAUUACGAUAAAAAAAAUCCACACUACGGCAAAAUAGUGAAUUAUGUUAAAAAAUCAGUCAUUUCAGUUCAUAAAUAUAUC